AUGGCGGAAGCUAUCACUACGGAGGAUUGGCCGGAGAUGCAGCCGCAGCCGGAGAUGCGUCGGCAUUCUCUGCGCGACCACCUGAACACCGGGGUGCGGGUGCUGGAGGAUGGCCGACUGGAUAUCAAGUUCCACGAGCGCAAACCCCUAAUCACCCGGCUCGCCAGUCAUCUCCAAGCGCUGCCCCCCGAGCCGACCGCCGAUGAUCGACGCCCGUCCGCCAUCGCACCCGCCGGCGAAGAAGAGAGCUGCCCGCUGCGUCUCAACAUCGUCGUUCAAGUGGUCGGGUCGCGCGGCGAUGUCCAGCCAUUCAUCGCGCUAGGCAAGAUGCUCAAGAAAUGCGGCCACCGCGUGCGCCUCGCCACCCACCUCGCCUUCCGCGAAUCCAUCCUCGACCAGGGUCUCGAAUUCUUCAACAUCGGCGGCGACCCCGCAGAGCUUAUGGCCUUCAUGGUCAAGAACGAGGGGCUGAUCCCUAGUAUGGAUACACUCCGCAGCGGCGCCAUCCCCAAGCGUCGCCGCGAGAUGAAGGCUAUUUUCUCUGGCUGCUGGCGCAGCUGCUACGAGACGGGUGACGGGACCGGCCUGCAUCAUAUCCCCGAGGAUCCGUGGAGCGACACGGUGGACUACCAGCUGAAGCCGUUUGUCGCGGAUGCCAUCAUCGCCAACCCACCGAGUUUUGCCCAUCUGAGCUGCGCGGAGAAGCUGGGUGUGCCGCUUAAUAUGAUGUUUACAAUGCCAUGGACCCCGACGCAAUCGUUUCCCCACCCCCUCGCAAAUAUCCGGUCACGAAGCUCCAAACCCUCGGCGGCGAACUUCGCUUCUUACGCUGUUGUGGAGAUCAUGAUGUGGGAGGGAUUAGGAGAUCUCAUAAACAAGUUUCGCACGCGAGAGCUCGGUCUCGAUCCGCUCGACGCCAUCCGAGCUCCAAGUAUUUCGCAACGCCUGGACGUUCCCUACACAUACUUCUGGUCUCCCGCCCUUCUCCCCAAGCCCGCCGACUGGGCCAGCGGCGUCGACAUCUGCGGAUUCUGCUUUCUCGACCGCGCCAGCACAUACACUCCCCCAGCCGAUCUCCAGGCCUUCAUCGAUGCCGGUGAUCCGCCCAUAUAUAUCGGCUUCGGGUCCAUCGUAGUCGACAACCCACGCCGGCUUACCGAGAUCGUUUUUGAGGCGAUUGCACAGGCGGGCGUGCGCGCCAUCGUCUCGGCAGGAUGGGGUAACAUCGGCAGCGGCGCUGCAUCCAUCCCGUCUAACAUCCACAUGAUUGGGCGCUGUCCUCACGACUGGCUGUUCCAGCACGUCUCAAGCGUCGUACACCACGGCGGCGCUGGCACGACCGCGGCAGGGCUCGUGCUGGGCCGACCCACGAUUGUCGUCCCUUUCUUCGGCGACCAGCCGUUUUGGGGCUCGAUUGUGGCGCGUGCCGGCGCAGGCCCGCAGCCCUUGCCAUACAAGUCGCUCACGUCAGCGAACCUGGCGGAUGCUUUGCGCCAGACUUACCGCCCCGAGAUGCGGCGGAAGGCAGCGGAUAUUGGCGAAAUGAUGCGCAAGGAAAACGGUGUGUGCAAUGCCGCUUGUAGCUUCCAUCGCCAUCUGAAGCUCGAUCGGCUGUGUUGUGAUGUCUGCCCUGAUCGGCCGGCCGUGUGGUGGAUCAAGCACUCGCGAAUUCGACUGAGUACAUUUGCGGCUGCUGUGCUGGUUGAGACGGGAUUGCUGAAGUCGCAUCACAUUGUUCUUUACCGCUCCCAGGAAUACGACACCACGCGCAAUCCCAGGGGCCCCCUCUCCGCCGGCGCGGAGGUCCUCUACGGCGUCGUGAGUGACUUCAUCGCAGGGGUUGCAGGCGUACCCGGCGAUGUCUCCGAUAUUAUUGAACACCACCACGCCCGCCAUCGGCAUCGACACCGACACCGUCCCCACUGGCUCAAACACAAGGCCAACCGCAAACCCAAUAGAGACGAGACCCCAGAUCAAGGGUCUGACGAUUCCGGCGUUGGUAACGGUGUUACUCAAGCCACCGCACCGCGCCAACCCAACGACGCGGAUGCCGAGCACGCCGCCUCCGACGGUGAUAGCACAUAUGCCUCCGCAGAGGAGGAACAACCGCAACAGCAAGAGCCACAGGACAACGAAAACAGCAGCCCAUCAGUAUCAACGAGCACUGGGCUCAACGACGAGAACGAGAACGACGACGAAAGCAGCGAAGCCUCGAAGUCCAUGUUCGAGGGUGAGGGCCUUGACUUGGAAAAAACGAUAACCCGACGGCGGGAGAAAGAAGAGAGGGGGCGGUCGCGCAAGUAUUUCCACGAGAAGGGGUACCGCGCCCGACGCAUGGGGAAGCACAUUCUUAACUGGACGAUCACGAUCCCGACGGACUUGACAUUGAGCCUGUCGAAGGGGUUUCACAAUGCCCCACGUCUGUACCACGAUACAACGGUAGAGGAUUUGCCGAAGGUGAUGGGGUGGCGGAGUGGGUUUCGAGCGGCGGGGACUGAAUUCACACGUGGGUUCUACCACGGCAUCACAGGCGUUGUCCUUCAACCACGACAAGGAUUCCGCGACUCCGGCGGGGGGGGACUCUGUAAAGGGAUCGGGAAGGGCGUGGGGGGCUUAUUCCUCAAGCCUGCUGCAGGGAUGUGGGGCCUAGCGGGCUACCCCCUCGACGGACUGCACAAGUCGCUGCGGAAUUCGCUGUCCCGGAGCAAAACGCACGAUAUUUUUGCCUCGCGCAUCUCACAGGGCUUGCAGGAGAUGUGUCUUGCGUCGACGGAUGAACGGGCGGAGGUGAUUCGGAGAUGGCAUGCGUUGUUGGAUAGGAAGGGGUUGGAUUCGAAUGGGAUGCCAUUGAGAGAGGAUUUAUGA